CCACCUAAGGUUUCUCGUAUCUUCAAUCAUCGAACACCACGUAUACCCACGUAUAUACCGAAGGAUCUAGUAAAAGGAAGAGAUCGGACUCGCCGCUAGACCAUCGCAAAACCGCAAGAAUGACCGAGACUGGCCUGCCCUCCGACUGGGAAGUCCGUCACUCCAACUCCAAGAACCUACCCUACUAUUUCAAUCAGAAGACGCAUGAGUCGAGAUGGGAACCUCCCGAGGAAGCCGACACGGAGAAACUCAAAAUCUACAUGGCUCAACAUCACAGUUCUGCCAACACUCGAAUCGACGGCGGAGGCGGCGAGGGUAAAAUCCGCGCAGCGCAUCUGUUGGUCAAGCACAAAGACAGUCGUCGGCCGUCUUCGUGGAGAGAGACGAACAUCACACGCACCAAGGAGGAAGCAAUUGAGAUGUUGAAGGGAUACGAGGAACAAAUCCGCUCUGGCCAGACAACACUCGGCGAUCUCGCCGUGUCGGAGUCGGAUUGCAGCAGCGCCAGGAAGCGAGGUGACUUGGGAUUUUUCGGGAAAGGCCAGAUGCAGAAGGAAUUUGAAGAUACUUCCUUCACCCUGCAGCCAGGUGAGAUGAGUGGCGUGGUUGAGACGGCAUCUGGGGUUCAUCUCAUUCAGCGAAUCCAAUAGAGGACUGCGAUCGGAGGGAUGCUGGAGAAGACAGCGACGGUGGGUGCUUCAGCCUUGCCAACAGUUUCGUCACGUUCCGGAAGGGUUUACCGUGCGGGUGUGUGACCCGUGCUCCAUUCCAGCCCGUGGAGCUCAACAGCAGAAUGAG